UGUUCUUCCUUACGGACUAAAAUUGUACUAUUUAAGUUACUUUAAAAAUUAAUUGAUCUUUAUUUUGAAAAUUUUUGUAAAUCGUCAAUUAAAUAAAAUUUAACUAAAUGGAACCACAUUUUAAAAAUUCAAAAAGCGAAAUACAAGAGUUUUUUACCGAUUCAAGUAUUUUUCUUACAGGAGGUACUGGAUUUAUUGGUCAAGUAUUAAUUGAAAAAAUCCUCAGAUCAUGUUAUGUCAAACAUUUAUACUUACUAGUCAGGCUUAAAAAAGGAAAAGGACCAUACACUCGUAUGGAAAAAAUGUUUAAUAAUCCUUUAUUUAAAAUAUUGCGGGAGUCACAGCCAGAUUUCAUCAGCAAGAUAACAUUAAUCAAGGGAGACUGUGCAGAACCAAAUUUGGGUUUGGAGAAAAAAGACGAAGAAUUUUUAAUUAAAAAUAUUAACAUAGUAAUUCACUGUGCUGCUACAAUCAAUCUAACCGGAGCUCUUAAACAAACAACGUUCAUUAAUAUUAGAUCUACGAGAGACUUAUUAUUGAUAGCCCAGAAAAUGACCUGCUUAAAAUCAUUCGUUUAUGUAUCAACUGCGUUUUCAAACACAAAUCAAGAAGUAAGUAAAGAAAUUAUUUAUGAAAGCCCAAUGAAAGGAGAAACUUUGAUUGGUAUGGCUGAGACAAUGUCUGAUUCUUUCCUGGACUCCAUAACAAAACAAUGCAUUGGGACAUGGCCUAACACGUACACUUUUUCUAAAUGUAUUGCCGAAAAUUUAGUGAAAGAAUAUGGACAACAUUUACCAAUUACUAUUGCUAGACCUUCGAUUGUUAUCCCAACAUGUGAUGAACCAUUUGCUGGCUGGUUUAUCCCAUCGUUAAGUGUUCCAACUCUGAUUUUCGGUGUAACUAUUGGUAUCGUUCACGUGUUGUUUGCAGAUCCUGAAGCACCUGCUGUAAUCGUUCCGGCCGAUAAAGUUGCUAAUAUGAUUAUUACUUGUGCUUUUCAUGCAUCUAAAAAACGAAACCAAGGCACUCCAAUUCAAGUAUUUAAUUAUGUGCCCAAUAACAUAGCUCCUCCGUUUUCAUAUGGAAAGGGUUUUCAAACGUUCAUACGAGUUAUAAAAGAAAAUAAUAUUGUAUCUGAUAAAGUGAUAUGGGUUCAAAGUAUUACAGUUACUAAAUCAAAAAUAUAUUACACCCUACUUUUUUUCUUUAACUAUUAUGUACCAGCAUUCAUUUUUGAUGUAGUUCAGUGGUGUCGUGGAAAAAAGUUCAGAGUUAUGUCACUAUGUACUAAAUUUGAUAACAUGUUACUUGAAAUGGGGUCAAAUUUUUCUACAAAAAUAUUCCAUUUUGAUGAUACGAAUUUGAUGUCUCUCAUUCAACAGCAAAGCGAAGAAGACAAACAUUUAUUUGAUAUGGAUUUAUCUAAGUUGAAUUGGGAAAAAUACGCCCUAAAGUCUAUUUUAGAAGGUCGUGAACAUUUAUUAAACGAAGUUGGAAAUACUGAAGCAGGCUACAAAAGACAAAUGCAUGAUGGUCCAUUGUUAUGGAUAAUAAAUGAAACAACCCUAGAUUAUUUUUCAUUCAAUCAAAACUUAGAAAAUAACGAUUUCUCAAAAUCAAAACAAUUUUAUAUAAAACAAUUACGGAGUGUUAAGCAUUCCUAUUAUAGAUAUUUCAGAUUUAAGUUUAUCAAAACUAAAUUAAUAAAUAAUGAACCGUUAAAUCGUACAUUUUUGGUAUAUUCCAAUAGUAAUGGUAAUGUUUAUUGUGCACCAUGUCGAUUAUUUAGAAGUAAAUCUGUAUUUACUACAGUUGGUCUUAGUAACUGGAAGAAAGACGAAGAAAAUAUAUCAGAGCAUGAAAAUUCAAUUACUCAUAAAUCUUGUACUCUCAAAAUGUCAUAAAGAGGUUCAGUAGUA